AGAGAGAGAGAACAGCGGCGUCAAGACGUGAAGGAGAAGUUUCGAUCCGGGGGCGAAUCCAGGCGGCGUCGAUUUCGGUUCUAGGAUCUGAGCCAUGGCAGUAGCGACAGAGUUCUCACAUUUGGAAAUUUGCGAUUUACUUCCAAAGGAAGAAGAAGAAGAAGAAGAAGAAGCAGAAGAAGAAGAAGAANGAGAGAGAGAGAGAGAACAGCGGCGUCAAGACGUGAAGGAGAAGUUUCGAUCCGGGGGCGAAUCCAGGCGGCGUCGAUUUCGGUUCUAGGAUCUGAGCCAUGGCAGUAGCGACAGAGUUCUCACAUUUGGAAAUUUGCGAUUUACUUCCAAAGGAAGAAGAAGAAGAAGAAGAAGAAGCAGAAGAAGAAGAAGAAGAAGAAGAAGAAGAAGAAGAAGAAGCAGCAGCAGCAGAAGCAGAAGAAGAGGAGGAGGAGGAGGAGGCGGCGGCGGAGGGUUCACCUCAUCCAGAUAAUGUAAUGAAGGAUGACAUGGGGAUUGUCAUUGACAUAACUGAUAACCCUCCGUUUGAGUCUCGGCGUGAGCUGUACACAAAAGACGUUCCAACUGAGACUACCUACGAUUCAGAUGGGGAACCUAUUCUGGUUAUAGAUGAUUCCAUUGCUGAAGACAUGGAAUCUUAUAGGAAAUACAGGGCUGAUUUUCUUGCCAGUGAUGUAAUCUUGUUUCAUUACUUUACUGCUCUUGCUUUGCUUAAAAUUUUUUUCAUCCCUGCUGCUCACCUUUAAAUGCUUGUUUUGUUUGUUCCUUAGGGCUAUGAUGUCACUCACUAUUUUAACCCGUCUCCCAAUUUUCGCUAUUUCGUAUGCAAUCACCUUCGACCUGUGGGUCUUGCUCCUGGAGACUUGUUCUAUGAUCAUUGCCUCGCAGGAGUACAAAGAACAAUUCAAUUUCUCAAUCAAAAGAGAGGAAGAAAUCUUGAAUUUGGCGAGCUUGUGAAGGCAAGCUGGGUUGCAAAUACUUUUACUAGCUUUUAUGUCGCCUUUACUGCAACAGAAUAUGGGGAAAAACAAUCUUACCAAGCUCAAGUGUUUGUCUCUCUACAUGAUUACAGUCGAGUUGAGUUUUGGGAGUUCAGGGAAGCACCAUCAAAGGUAAUAACGAUCUUUCAAACCCUCAAUAAUACCUAGUCUUUAUCUGCACGUACGUCUCCAUGAGAUCAGAUGGUUUGAUUUUAUUAUUUCUUUAUGGUUAUUUCCCCUAUUCUCGCAGAAGGGCGACGACGUUGGGAAAGAUUGAAGCAUGCUCUUGUUAAGGUUGCAAUACCUACUCUAAAUUAAAUAAAUUGACUCUGCUUAUCUAUGGAGUACUUUUUCUUGUGUUCUCUCGAGAUGUUGAACAAUCUCUAGGCGUUUUUUUGUUUACAUUG